AUGUACACAAUAUCAAAAGCACCAAGCAAAUUAGUAGCAACAAAAACCCGACGAGGACUUCCGCAGAAUUUCGAGAAAAUUGAAACGAUACGCGAGAUGAGUAAAAAAAGUGCCAGUGAUAACAGUGAAUUCAGUGUACCUAAGCCAGUUUUUCAACAGAGGAAAUCACAUAAUUACAUGAAAUCACACCAGCAUUACCAACAGAGUCAGGAGAUACUAAGUCCGCAGCAUGAGGAAUUAGCACGUUAUAUGAAUGAAUCAUGGAAGCUUGUAAUAGCUGAGAAUCCAUAUGAUGCCUCAUCAGACUCAGGCUCAACAUGCUCAUCAACGUCGUCAUCAUCCUCAUACACAUACUAUGUCGAUCAGCCAAGUCCAUCAGCCGACUUCGAACCAUUCAAUUUAGAGCUUUGGUGGUGCCGUCGAUUGUACCAAAACAUCACAAAAAAUGUAUAAAGUUAAUCAAACAUUAAUCUGCUGGAGUUCAAUAGCUCAGUGAUCAUCAUGGAAUGGAGAAGAUAUGAGUGGAGUAAGAAGAUUGAUAUUGUUCACAAAAAUCACUCAAUCAUUACUACUAGCGAGUGC